CCGACACUGAGAGCCGGGAACCGGGAACUGGACACUGACAACUGGACACCGGGAACCGGCACCGGACACCGGGAACCAGCAUCGGUAAUCGGGAAACAGUCACCGGGAACCGGCAGCCGGAACCGGGCACCGGACACCGGACACUGCACACUGAGAACCGGCGAACCGAGCGGGAAUCGGGAACAGAACAUCGGACACUGGGACUGGCACUGAGCAUCGAAGACCGAGCACCGGACAUCGUCACCGGGCACCGGCGUCGGGGACCGGGCACUGGUAGCGCCUGCGGGGCCCUCCGGGCAGGGAGAGGCGCCGGGGGAAGCGGGACCCUCGCCUGGCCCCGCCCCGUCCAGCCCCGUCCCGCCCCGUCCCGUCCCGUCCCGUCCCGUCCCGUCCCGCCGGGGGCACCGGAGAAGCCCCGGUCCCGGUCCCGGCGCUGCUCUCCCCGAGGCAGGCUGCAGAGAUGGACACCUUCAGCACCAAGAACUUGGCCCUGCAGGCCCAGAAGAAGCUCCUGAGCAAAAUGGCCACCAAGACCAUCGCCAACGCCUUCAUCGACGACACCAGCAGCGAGAUCCUGGACGAGCUGUACCGGGCCACCAAGGAGUACACCCACAACCGCAAGGAGGCCCAGAAGAUCAUCAAGAACCUCAUCAAGAUCGUGAUGAAGCUGGGCGUCCUCUACCGCAACGGGCAGUUCAGCCCCGAGGAGCUGCUGCUCAUGGAGCGCUUCCGCAAGAAGGUUCACACCUUGGCCAUGACGGCCGUCAGCUUCCACCAGAUAGACUUCACCUUCGACCGCAGGGUCAUGUCGGGCGUGCUGACCGAGUGCCGGGACCUGCUGCACCAGGCGGUCAACGGGCACCUGACGGCCAAGUCGCACUCGCGCAUCAACCACGUCUUCAACCACUUUGCGGACUACGAGUUCCUGUCGGCGCUCUACGGCCCGGCCGAGCCCUACCGCACCCACCUCAAGAGGAUCUGCGAGGGUGUCAACAAGAUGCUGGAGGAGGAGAGCAUCUGAGCCGGACCCUGCCCCGCGGUGUCUGCUCUGGCCUGCGCCGGGCUCGCCGUGCCCUCCUCCUCCUCCUCCUCCUCCUCCUCCUCCUCUGCAGUGCUCUCGUGUUCUCCUCGUUUCUCCAAGAAACUGAACCUCCCGACUUUGUGUGCCCAGGGUCUGCAAACCCCUCCCUGCGCUGGGCUGAGCCCUCUCCAGGCCGUCCUGGGAUUUUGGGCCCCUGCUGUACAGUUGGAUUUCCUUUGCCCACCAAGUGCCUUUAGCCCGGAGUCCAAGGGUUUGGACUCUUUGCCUUGAACUCUGUUCCCUCUGAGGGGGAGCUUAACCAAAGACUCGCGGUGUGAAGCACCUCUGAGGUGUCUCUGAGCAGGUGGGAGGUGUUGGGGGGAUCAGUUCUGAGACCCCGUAACUGCAGGGCUGUGGAACGCCGUGGUUCUCUUCCAGCAGCUCCACAACGUGCUGGGAGCAAAUCGUGGUCCAGACUUGUGCUGGCUGCCUCAGGCAGGAAGGGGCUUCUGCCUGGGCUUAGGUGUCCUCAAAGACAAAUCCCUGAGGCCAGAAGGAGCCAGGAGGAUCCCUCCUCACCUGGGGGAGGGCUGGGAGGAGCUGCUCCAUCCCUGGAACCACCCAAUUGCCCACCAUCCUGCAGUGGUGGUGCCACCUGGCAGCUCCAACGCUGCCCUUGGUGGUCAAUCCAAAGCCCCCCUGGACUUCCAUCCCUUUUCCACACCCGUGACCGAGUGAUGUUCGUUUUUAGCAAACUCUGUAGCCCUGAUGAGUUAUUGAAAUAAACUCACUGUGUGGCCUGGGA